AGCCCCCACCGCUUGAACCCAGCAGGAAAGAAUCCGCUUUCUGCCGCUUACCUGGCUUUAUUAAUAAACCAACCGGUUCACGUGGUCAGCCCAGCCCAGCACAAUAUUCUGCUACAAUAGCAAGGUAUUUUCGACCGGGCGAUUUCACCCCCCCCUCUCUCAUCCGAGACUGGAGAGAUGCUGCUGCUGCUGUGAGGGAGAGAGGUGAGCGCAGUCGGAAAAGCAUCCCACCCCUCCACCACCACCCCCAGUCCUAAGCUCCUCCUCUGUCGUCGGAGAGCGGGGACCGGUCACAUUUUGCUCAAUGAGAGCGAGAGGGCACCGGAGAGGAUUUCCUAAUUUCAACCUGCUGCCGUUCCGUGCGGCUGUUUUCUCGCCUCUGUCAAAGAGGCUAAUAUGAAGACAUCAAUUGGCAAACCAGACCCUGGAAAGCACCUACAAUCUAUUCAACUUAUUUGAAACUGAAGACAACACCAUGCGUUGUCUGCGGUAAAAACCCUGUUCUCCACUCUCCCCACUUCCUACAUAGCCUUUGAGAGUGAGCAUACCACGAGCUGCACAGACAUGGGUUCAGAUCAACCCUGCAUGGAUUCACCAGAGCUUAGGCCCACGUUGGGCGCUGCCUGUAAGCGGCAGGGCCACCGGUGUCUGCGGAAAAGGCUGAGGCCAGUGCGAAUCUUAGGGUUCGUCUUCAGCUUGGUGGCCUUAAGUGUCGUUUCCUUCAGUGCCUUGACCUGGAGCUCAGGGGGUCUCAAUGAGCCAGUGCUCCCCCAGGAGAGUCUCCACCAGUCGGCCCCCCACAGGACUCUUCUUUUCACCCAACACCAGGGGGACCCCAAUGUGUCAGCUGACAUGCCAAUAGCCAUGAAAUCUACAGCAGACAGCAACGAGAGCCAGGGGGAUUACCCUCCAGACAUUUUCACCCUUGAGGAGAGGCGCCAAGGCGCAGUGGUCCUCCACAUGUUUGGCAUGAUCUACAUGUUCAUCGCCUUAGCCAUAGUGUGUGAUGAGUUCUUUGUCCCAGCGCUGACAGUCAUCACGGAGAAGCUGAGCAUUUCGGAUGACGUAGCAGGUGCAACCUUCAUGGCGGCAGGCGGCUCAGCACCGGAGCUCUUCACCUCCAUCAUCGGCGUCUUCAUCUCACACAGCAAUGUGGGCAUCGGGACCAUUGUAGGCUCAGCUGUCUUCAACAUCCUCUUCGUGAUCGGGAUGUGCGCCAUCUUCUCCAAGGAGAUCCUCAACCUGACGUGGUGGCCACUCUUCCGCGACGUCUCCUUCUACAUCAUGGAUCUGAUCUUGCUCAUCAUCUUCUUCCUGGAUAACAUCAUCUCCAUUUGGGAAAGUGUCACACUGCUCUCAGGCUACGCUGCCUACGUGAUCUUCAUGAAGUUCAAUAGCACAGUUGAGGGCUUCAUCAAGGGUUGCAUGAACAAGAACCAAGUGGUAGAAGUGGAAGUACAGCCCAAGGAUGAGAAGGCAAGUCCUGGGGCGCCAGAGGAUGACGGCAAGUUGUCGGCCAGGCCUCGGCUUCAGAGGGGGGGUAGUUCUGCCUCCCUGCACAACAGCUUGAUGAGGAACAGUAUUUUCCAGCUUAUGAUUCACACGUUGGACCCUUUAAGUGAAGGUAAAUUUCGAGAGAAGGCAUCAAUCCUUCACAAGAUCGCUAAAAAGAAAUGCCAAGUGGAGGACAGUGAGAAGGCCAAUGGAGUAGCAAGCCGUUCAGAUAAGAACCUUCCAAACAGCUCCAGCGUGGAAGUGGAAGUGACGCCACCCAUGAACGGAACGGCAGGGCAAGAGGGGGAAACGGUUGAGGAUGAGGAGGAGGAGGACCAGCCUCUGAGCCUGUCCUGGCCUGAGUCGAACCGCAAGCGCCUCACCUACCUCUUAAUUAUACCUGUUGUGCUCCCUCUGUGGCUAACGCUGCCUGACGUCAGAAAACCGUCAGCGCAGAAGUUCUUCCCCAUCACCUUCCUGGGUGCCAUCAGCUGGAUUGCAGUCUUCUCCUACCUAAUGGUGUGGUGGGCUCACCAGGUUGGAGAGACCAUUGGGAUUACAGAGGAGAUUAUGGGCCUGACUAUAUUAGCAGCUGGAACCUCCAUCCCUGACCUCAUCACCAGUGUUAUUGUGGCACGCAAGGGGCUGGGUGAUAUGGCUGUAUCCAGCUCCGUUGGCUCCAACAUCUUCGACAUUACUGUUGGGCUGCCGUUCCCUUGGCUCAUGUGGUCCUUUAUCAACGGUUUGAAACCGGUGCAAGUCAGCUCCAACGGCCUCUUCUGCGCCAUUGUGCUCCUCUUCCUCAUGCUCCUCUUCGUCAUCAUCUCCAUCGCCGCCUGCAAGUGGCGCAUGAGCAAGCUGCUCGGCUUUAUCAUGUUCCUGCUGUAUUUCGUCUUCCUGGUGGUCAGCGUCAUGCUGGAGGAUAGGAUCAUUACCUGUCCGGUGUCCAUCUGAGGACCUUCGGGGACCUACUUCCUCUCUCUCUCCCUCGUCACUACCACAACCACCACCAAACACAACCAUCCUUCUUGUCUGCCAUCGCUCUCACCUGACCCUCGUUAUCCUUUACCCCAGGAAUAAAAGACAAGAAUGGAGGAAUGGACAAGAGAAUAAUAUACUAAUGUGAAAAAAAUAUGGAUUCUACCUAUAUUUUCCGUAAGCAGGUGGUGGUAUGGAGGGGUUAAACCAACAAGGGCACAAGACUUUGGCGUGGCUGGUUUAGCGUAGGCCUAACCUGAGUGGAUUUUUAUUUAUUAUUAUUUAAUUGGCAAGUGGGGGAGGGGGUGGUUAUGGGUGUACCACCUAAAUAUAGAAGUAUUAUGCAUGCCAUUAGUGUCACUAGAUGAGCUGGAAUUGAGACAAAACCUUGUAGGUUGAGGAGAAUGACCUCCUGUGAACUUUGGGGGGGACAAAACAAGAGAUGCACUGUAUAAAACUCUCAAUAAUAAAUGCAGUGGCUGAGCUGAAAUUGUGAGCGUAUUUGAACACACACACCAGUUCAACACACUGAGACUUUGUCCCCUGCAUAGGGAUUUGUCGACGAGGAAGUGGCACACCGUGUGGAUGAAGAUUUUCAGAGAUGUUUCCUGUCUGACGGUAUUGAGCGAAAAAGACUCGCCUGUGGGCUUUGCACCUGAGCAACAAGGGAUGAAACACUCUUGCUGGGCAGACAAACUCCUUUUGUUAUUUCUUUUUUGCAAAUCCACCAUGUGCUCAGUCUGAAUGAUGAGUUUAAGCUUCCCCCUCUUCCCUGCCAGAUGUCAUUUUUUCACCACUGAAUGUCUCUUCAGAGGAUUUUUCUUUCUUUUCUUUUUGGAUUCAUUUUCAUAAAAUAUAUAGAUUAGUAAUAGUAGCAUUAGAUGUACUGUAGCAGCAUUAGUCAAAAAAUCUACUCCUUUUUUUUCUUUUGCCACUGAACACACGUUCUGAUUGUACACAACUUUUCAUGCUUCACACGCACUGACUGACGAAAGCAAGAAAAAAAAAAUGCCUAACUGAAGUUUAGCCUCUGAAAAUAUAUGCUAGCCUUCAAUUCACUGGUUGGAGAAAAAAAGGCAUGAGUACUUUAGGUUCAAUAAAAUUCCAUAAUGAA